AUGUCUGUGGAGAGAUCUUUAGAAGCUUGGGAAGAGGUUCAGCGACACGGGCAAGACUUAGCCGACCGACUCGCUCAGGGGUUCACGGGCUUGAUUCAAAUCAACCCUCCUUCGUUUCCGUGGCCGAGCCAUCAGAAACUGAAGCUAUUCGAUCUCGAGUUCUCUCCUCAGCAGUUCUCGAACCAGCCCAUCAAUGGCGGCGUCGAGGCUAUUCUCGAUAUCGGGAACAAGAUUGGUCAGAUUGGCCAGGCUGGUGUUGAUUUCGGCUCCGGGUUGAACGUGAUGGUUCAUCAGUUCUUCAGGAGGCUGCCCUUGCCGUUUAGACACGAGGAUAGCGUGUCUGUUUCUAUGAGCCGUGGAGUUUAUGUAGACACAAAAGAUGAGUCGAGGCUUUCUAAGACAGAUACUGUCUCCUCUGCUGCUAUGUCUGAGGAGAGGGUGACAGAGUUUGAUUUGAGUACCGCUGGAUUACUUAGGAGACCAAAGGGAACGGUUGAGUUUUCGACAAGUUAUGAAAGUAGAACAAGUGGUAUGGAACAUUCAUUAGCAGCCAGGGGAGAUCUUUGGAGAGUAGAAGCUUCUUCAUCAAGUUCAGCUGCAAGAGAUGACAGUUCCUCUCUCUUUCUUCUCCAGCUUGGACCGCUGCUGUUUCUGCGCGAUUCGACUCUUCUUUUGCCCCUUCAUUUAUCAAAGCAACACUUGCUCUGGUAUGGUUAUGAUAGAAAGAAAGGUAUGCAUUCGCUUUGUCCAGCUUUGUGGUCAAAGCAUAGAAGAUGGCUUAUGAUGUCAAUGAUCUGCCUCAAUCCUUUAGCUUGCUCAUUUGUAGAUUUGCAGUUCCCAAAUGGGCAGUUAACGUAUGUUUCUGGUGAGGGAUUAACAACAAGUGUCUUUGUUCCUUUGUGUGGCGGUCUUCUUCAAGCGCAAGGUCAAUAUCCAGGAGAUAUGAGGUUUAGUUUCUCUUGCAAGACUAAACAAGGAACAAGAAUCACACCAAUGGUGAACUGGCCUGACAAAUCGUAUGGAGUAGGUGUUUCUCAAGCCUUGGCUUGGCGUAAGUCCGGUCUCAUGAUGAAACCGGCAAUUCAACUUAGUGUGUGCACUACAUACGGUGGAAGCAAUCCCGGGACGAAAACCGAACUUAUUCACUCGCUGAAUGAUAACAUCAACAUGAUUUGUGGCUGUGCAAUGACGGCUCAUCCUUCAGCGUUUGCAUCUGUUUCCUUUGGUCGGUCAAAGUGGAAUGGGAACAUUGGUCGGACCGGAAUAGUUGUUAGAGUUGAUACUCCACUUGCAAGUGUUGCUCAACCUUCUUUCUCAAUCCAGCUUAACAAUGCUUUUGAGUUCUGAAGUAAACUUGUUAAAAUAAUGUUUUGGCUUCACGAUGUUAAAGUUGUAUAUAGUAAAAAAAAACUAGGAUGUUAAAGUUGUAUAUAGUAAAAAAAAAUUAGAACUCAGUAAACCAAAAGAGAAAUAACAAAACUUAAAAGAAAUUCUAUAGUGG